AUGAACCCGCCCCACUUCGACUUGCUGGAGGACAUGGCCAUGAUGACGCACCUCAACGAGGCAGCCGUACUGCGCCAGCGUUAUGCUCGCUGGAUGAUCUAUACAUACUCGGGCCUCUUCUGUGUCACCAUCAACCCCUACAAAUGGCUCCCGAUCUAUACAGCCUCCGUGGUGGUAGCCGCUUACAAGGGAAAGCGCCGCUCGGAGGCCCCGCCCCACAUAUAUGCGGUGGCAGAUAACGCCUACAAUGACAUGCUGCGCAACGGAGAGAACCAGUCCAUGCUGAUCACGGGAGAGUCGGGGGCCGGUAAGACGGUUAACACCAAGCGGGUCAUUCAGUACUUUGCCAUCGUCGCUGGCAGUCACAAGCCCUUGGCCUGCCACCACCAGGGCACCCUCGAGGAUCAAAUCAUUGAGGCUAACCCUGCCAUGGAGGCUUUUGGCAAUGCCAAGACCCUGCGGAACGACAACUCGUCCCGCUUCGGCAAGUUCAUCCGCAUUCAUUUUGGUCCCUCUGGGAAGCUGGCAUCUGCAGAUAUUGACAGCUAUCUCCUGGAGAAGUCAAGGGUGAUCUUCCAGCUGCCCGGUGAGCGAGGCUACCACGUCUACUACCAGAUCCUCUCGGGGAAGAAGCCAGAGCUGCAGGACAUGCUGCUUCUGUCUACGAACCCCUACGACUACCACUUCUGCAGCCAGGGCGUCAUCACUGUGGACCACAUGAAUGACGGGGAGGAGCUCAUGGCCACUGACCAUGCCAUGGACAUCCUGGGCUUCAGCGUGGAUGAGAAGUGUGCCUGCUACAAGGUCGUGGGGGCCCUCCUGCACUUUGGCAACGUGAAAUUCAAGCAGAAGCAGCGGGACGAGCAGGCCGAGGCCGAUGGCACUGAGAGUGCUGACAAGGCUGCCUAUCUGAUGGGGGUCAGCAGUGGAGACCUCCUCAAAGGCCUUCUGCACCCCCGAGUGCGUGUGGGGAACGAGUAUGUGACCAAGGGUCAGAGCGUGGAGCAGGUGGUGUUUGCCGUGGGGGCUCUGGCCAAGGCCACCUACGACCGGCUGUUCCGGUGGCUGGUGUCACGGAUCAACCAGACGCUGGACACCAAGUUGCCCCGUCAGUUCUUCAUCGGCGUCCUGGACAUUGCCGGUUUUGAGAUCUUUGAGUUUAACAGCUUUGAACAGCUGUGUAUCAACUUCACCAACGAGAAGCUGCAGCAGUUCUUCAACCAGCACAUGUUUGUGCUUGAGCAGGAGGAGUACAAGCGGGAGGGCAUCGGCUGGGUCUUCAUCGACUUCGGCCUGGACCUGCAGCCCUGCAUUGACCUCAUCGAGAAGCCACUGGGCAUCCUGUCCAUCCUGGAGGAGGAGUGUAUGUUCCCCAAGGCCUCAGAUGCCAGCUUCCGGGCCAAGCUCUAUGAUAACCACGCGGGGAAGUCGCCCAAUUUCCAGCAGCCACGGCCUGACAAGAAGCGCAAAUACCAGGCCCACUUUGAGGUGGUUCACUACGCGGGCGUGGUGCCUUACAGCAUCGUGGGCUGGCUGGAAAAAAACAAGGAUCCACUGAAUGAGACGGUGGUCCCCAUCUUCCAAAAGUCACAGAACAAGCUCUUGGCUACUCUCUACGAGAACUAUGCUGGCUCCUCCGAGCCCCCCAAGUCUGGGAUGAAAGAGAAGCGUAGGAAGGCAGCAUCAUUCCAGACGGUGUCCCAGCUCCACAAGGAGAACCUCAACAAGCUGAUGACCAACCUGCGGGCCACACAGCCCCACUUUGUCCGUUGCAUUGUCCCCAAUGAGAACAAGACCCCAGGGGUCAUGGAUGCCUUCUUGGUGCUACACCAGCUGCGUUGCAAUGGGGUUCUGGAGGGGAUCCGGAUCUGCCGACAAGGAUUCCCCAAUAGGCUGCUUUACGCUGACUUCCGGCAGCGGUACCGCAUCCUGAACCCCAGUGCCAUCCCAGACGACACCUUCAUGGACAGCAGGAAGGCCACAGAGAAGCUGCUGGCCUCGCUGGACAUCGACCACACCCAGUACCAGUUUGGCCAUACCAAGGUGUUCUUCAAGGCUGGGCUUCUAGGCGUCUUGGAGGAGCUUCGUGACCAGCGUCUGGCCAAGGUCCUGACACUGCUGCAGGCACGGAGCCGGGGCCGCCUCAUGCACCUCGAGUACCAGCGCCUGCUUGGAGGCAGGGAUGCCCUGUUCACCAUCCAGUGGAACAUCCGCGCCUUCAACGCCGUCAAGAACUGGUCAUGGAUGAAACUCUUUUUCAAGAUGAAGCCACUGCUACGCUCGGCGCAGGCUGAGGCGGAACUGGCGGCCCUGCGGGCAGAGCUGCGGGGGCUGCGAGGGGCACUGGCCACCGCCGAGGCCAAGUGCCAGGAGCUGGAGGAGAUGCACGUCAGUGUCACCCAGGAGAAGAACGACCUGGCCCUGCAGCUGCAGGCAGAGCAGGAAAACCUGGCGGAUGCCGAGGAGCACUGCCACUUGCUCAUCAAGUCCAAGGUGCAGCUGGAGGCGAAGGUGAAGGAGCUGACUGAGCGGCUGGAGGACGAGGAGGAGGUGAAUGCUGACCUGGCUGCCCACCGACGCAAGCUGGAAGAUGAGUGCACAGAGCUCAAGAAGGACACUGAUGACCUGGAGCUGACGCUGGCCAAGGCCGAGAAGGAGAAGCAAGCCACGGAGAAUAAGGUGAAGAACCUGACGGAGGAGAUGGCGGCGCUGGACGAGUCAGUGGCCCGGCUGACGAAGGAAAAGAAGGCCUUGCAGGAGGCCCACCAGCAGGCCCUGGGCGACCUGCAGGCUGAGGAGGACCGUGUGAGCGCGCUGGCCAAGGCCAAGGCCCGCCUGGAGCACCAGGUGGAAGACCUGGAGUGCUGCCUGGAGCAAGAGCAGAAGCUGCGCGUGGACACGGAGCGGGCCAGACGCAAGCUCGAGGGUGACCUGAAACUGACGCAGGAGUCGGUGACGGAUGCUGCCCAGGACAAGCAGCAGCUGGAGGAGAAGCUCCAGAAGUAGGACUCCGAGCUGAGUCAGCUGAACCUUCGAGUGGAGGACGAGCAGCUCCUUGGGGCCCAGCUGCAGAAGAAGAUCAAGGAGCUGCAGUCUCGGGCAGAGGCGCUGGAAGAGGAGCUGGAGGCCGAGCGGGCGGCCCGGGCCCGCGUGGAGAAGCAGUGGGCAGAGGCAGCCCGGGAGCUGGUGGAGCUGAGCGAGGGGCUGGAGGAGGUGGGCGGCGCGUCCGCGGGGCGGCCCGAGGGCUGCUGGAAGCACGAGGCGGAGCUGGGGCGGCUGAGGCGGGAACUGGAGGAGGCGGCCCUGCGGCACGAGGCCACAGUGGCUGCGCUGCGGCGCAAGCAGGCGGAGAGCAUGGCCGAGCCGGGCGAGCAGGCGGACAGUCUGCAACGGGUGCGACAGAAGCUGGAAAAGGAGAAGAGCGAGCUCCGCAUGGAGGUGGACGAUCUGGGCGCCAGCGUGGAGACCCUGGCCCGCGGCAAGGCCAGUGCAGAGAAGCUGUGCCGGGCCUAUGAGGAUCAGCUGAGCGAGGCCAAGAUCAAGGCGGAGGAGCUGCAGCGGCAACUGGCAGAGGCCAGCACCCAGCGGGGGCGGCUACGAGCCGAGAGUGGGGAGCUGAGCCGCCUGCUGGAGAAGGAGUCUUUGAUUAGCCAGCUGAGCCGUGGUAAGGCCUUGGCCACGCGCAGCCUGGAGGAGCUGGAGAGCAAGGUGGGCCAGCCAUUGGCUGCCAAGAGCACGCUGGCCCAUGCCGUGCAGGCUUCGCAGCAUGACUGUGACCUCCUGCGGGAGCAGCACGAGGAGGAGGCCGAAGCCCAGGCCGAGCUGCAGCGGCUGCUGUCCAAGGCCAACGCCGAGGUGGCCCAGUGGAGGAGCAAGUACGAGGCAGAUGCCAUCCAGAGGACCGGGGAACUGGAGGAGGCCAAAAAGAAGCUGGCACUGCGCCUGCAGGAGGCAGAGGCGGGGGUAGAGGCUGCUCAUGCCAAGUGCUCGUCGCUGGAGAAGGCCAAGCUGCGGCUGCAGACAGAGUCGGAGGACGUGACCCUGGAGCUGGAGCGGGCGACCUCAGCGGCCGCGGCGCUGGACAAGAAGCAGCGGCACUUGGAGCGGGCGCUGGAGGAGCGGCGGCGGCAGGAGGAGGACAUGCAGCGGGAGCUGGAGGCGGCCCAGAGGGAGGCCCGCAGCCUGGGCGCGGAGCUCUUCCGGCUGCGGCACAGCCACGAGGAGGCUCUCGAGGCCCUGGAGACGCUCAGGCGGGAGAACAAGAACCUGCAGGAGGAGAUCAGUGACCUCACAGACGAGGUCAGCCUCAGCGGGAAGAGCAUCCAGGAGCUGGAGAAAGCCAAGAAGGCACUGGAAGGGGAGAGGAGCGAGCUCCAGGCUGCGCUGGAGGAGGCCGAGGGGGCCCUGGAGCUGGAGGAGACCAAGACUCUGCAGACCCAGCUGGAGCUUUCCCAGGUCAAGGCUGAGGUGGACCGGAAACUGGCAGAGAAAGACGAGGAGUGCGCUGACCUGAGGCGCAACCACCAGCGGGCAGUGGAGUCCCUGCAGGCCUCCUUGGAUGCAGAGACUCGGGCCCGCAACAAGGCGCUACGGCUCAAGAAGAAGAUGGAGGGCGACCUCAACGACCUGGAGCUGCAGCUGGGCCACGCCACCCGCCAGGCCACGGAGGCACAGGCCGCCACGCGGCUGCUGCAGGCCCAACUCAAGGAGGAGCAGGCGGGGCGGGAUGAGGAGCAGCGGCUGGCGGCCGAGCUCCACGAGCAGGCACAGGCCCUGGAGCGGCGGGCCGCCCUGCUGGCCACGGAGCUGGAAGAGCUGCGGGCCGCCCUGGAGCAGGCCGAGCGCAGCCGGCGGCUGGCGGAACAGGAGCUGCUGGAGGCCACCGGGCGCCUCAGCCUCCUGCAUUCGCAGAACACAGGCCUCCUGAGCCAGAAGAAGUAGUUAGAGGUGGAUUUGGCCCAGCUGAGCGGGGAGGCGGAGGAGGCUGCCCAGGAAAGGCGGGAAGCCGAGGAGAAGGCCAGGAAGGCCACCACCGAUGCCGCCAUGAUGGCAGAGGAGCUGCAGAAGGAGCAGGACACGAGCGCACACCUGGAACGGACAAAGACGACUCUGGAGCAGACGGUGCGGGAGCUGCGCCGGCUUGAGGAGGCAGAACAAGCCGCCCUCCGUGGCGGGAAGAAGCAGGUGCAGAAGCUGGAGGCCAAGGUGCGGGAGCUGGAGGCCGAGCUUGACGCGGAACAGAAGCAGCACGCCGAGGCCCUCAAGGGGGUGCGGAAACCCGAGCGCCGGGUCAAGGAGCUUGCGUACCAGGCCGAGGAGGACAGGAAGAACCUGGCUCGCAUGCAGGACCUGGUGGACAAGCUGCAGAGCAAGGUCAAGAGCUACAAACGUCAGUGUGAAGAGGCGGAGCAGCAGGCCAACACUAACUUGGCCAAGUAUCGCAAGGCCCAGCACGAGCUGGACGACGCGGAGGAGCGGGCGGACAUGGCGGAAUCCCAGGCCAACAAGCUGCGGGCGCGGACCCGGGACGCCCUGGGCCCCAAGCACAAGGAGUGA